UUCCAGUUGGACGCUGUUCACAGGCUUCCUGCUCUAAACUACCGCAGCCAGCGCUACAUGGCUUCUCGGACCGCCCAGUCCCCUCAGUCUCUCCCUGGCAGGCAGUCCAACACAAAGCCCGCCAUCCCAAAUGGCACUAGGGGCGAAUUUAGCUGGUACAG